GCAGGAGACGGACCACUGAGAGAAACAGAGAAGUGGAUGUUCUCGGCUUUGUUUCUGUUUAUCAGCUGUUGGACAUAUCAGCAUCACCUCCACAUCACGGACCCUCCGCUGCGCUCACACCCGAGGGUGCAGCUCUUACAGAGAUGGCUGUGUUACUGUGCUAUGACAGGACACUUCUAUUGGCUGUGGUCAUCUGUUUUCUGCCUUGCAUCACUUCCUCCCUCAAUUUGGAGGAUCCCAACGUCUGCAGCCACUGGGAGAGUUACUCAGUGAUGGUGCAGGAGUCAUACGCCCACCCUUUUGAUCAGAUUUAUUACACCAGCUGCACCGACAUCCUGAACUGGUUCAAGUGCACCAGACACAGGGUGAGCUAUCGUACAGCAUAUCGCAGAGGAGAGAAAACCAUGUACCGGAGAAAAUCCCAAUGCUGUCCGGGUUUUUAUGAGAAUGGAGAGAUCUGUGCCCCCUUUUGUGCAGAGAGCUGUGUUCAUGGCCGCUGUAUGGCCCCCAACACCUGCCAGUGUGAACCGGGCUGGGGGGGCUCCAACUGCUCCAGUGCUUGUGACAGUAACCACUGGGGACCCCACUGCAGUAACAGAUGUCAGUGCCAGAACGGAGCACUGUGUAACCCCAUCACUGGAGCCUGUAUCUGCACUCCCGGAUACAGAGGCUGGCGCUGUGAGACCCAGUGUGAAAUGGGUACCUACGGAAAUGGAUGCCAACAGAAAUGUCAAUGCCAGAAUGGUGCUGCCUGUCACCAUGUGACUGGAGAAUGCAGGUGCACACCAGGAUACACUGGAGCUUUCUGUGAAGACCUGUGUCCUCCAGGUAAACAUGGGCCGCAGUGUGAGGAGAGAUGUCCUUGUCAGAAUGGUGGAGUGUGUCAUCAUGUGACUGGAGAGUGCUCCUGUCCUGCAGGAUGGAUGGGUACAGUGUGUGGCCAGCCAUGUCCAGAGGGGAGAUUUGGACAGAACUGCUCCCAGGAAUGUCAGUGUCACAACAACGGCUUUUGUGUCUUGUCCACUGGACAGUGUCUUUGCACCACUGGGUACACAGGAGAAAGGUGCCAAGACGAGUGUCCUGUUGGAACUUAUGGUGCUAGCUGCGCAAAGACCUGUCGCUGUAAGAACAACAGCAAGUGCUACCACACCAACGGAAUGUGUCUGUGUGAGCCAGGGUACACAGGCGAGAUCUGUGAUGUGCGACUGUGCCCUGAGGCGCACUACGGCCUCCGAUGUGACAGGAAGUGUCCUUGUUACCCCCAGAACACACAAAGCUGCCACCCAAUGUCAGGGGAGUGUACAUGUCAGCCUGGCUGGUCCGGCCUCUACUGCAACGAGACGUGCACCCCUGGAUUUUAUGGCAGGUCCUGCCAGCAGGUGUGCCAGUGUCAGAAUGGUGCCGACUGCCACGGUGUGAGCGGACAGUGUAUCUGUGCUCCAGGCUUCACGGGUCCCAACUGCUCGAUCCCGUGCCCAGCAGGGACACACGGGGCGAACUGCUCCUCCAGCUGUAGCUGUAAGAACAGAGCUAAGUGUUCUCCUGUGGACGGAUCAUGCUCCUGUAAACCAGGGUGGCAUGGGGUGGACUGCUCCAUCAACUGUCCCAGUGAUACCUGGGGUCUGAGCUGUAACCUCACCUGUAUGUGUGGGAAUGGAGGAUCAUGUAACGCCCUGGAUGGUACCUGUACCUGUGCUCCUGGCUGGAGAGGAAGGAAGUGUGAAGUCCACUGUCAGGAUGGCAGCUAUGGUCUUGACUGUAAAGAACAUUGUGACUGCAGUCAUGCCGAUGGAUGUCACCACUCCUCUGGUCACUGCCGCUGUCUUGCUGGAUGGACUGGUAUCCAUUGUGACAGUGUGUGUGCAGAGGGCCGCUGGGGCCCAAACUGCUCCCUCCCCUGUAACUGUAAGAAUGGAGCUUCCUGCUCACCUGAUGAGGGAACCUGUGAGUGUGCUCCAGGAUACAGAGGCACCACCUGCCAGAGGAUCUGCUCCCCUGGUUACUUUGGUCACCGCUGCAGUCAGACCUGUCCACAGUGUGUCCACAGUAACGGACCGUGCCACCACAUUACAGGACAGUGUGAUUGUUUGCCGGGCUUCAAGGGGGCACUUUGCAACGAGGUGUGUCCCAGCGGUCGCUAUGGGAAGAAGUGUCUAUGGAGCUGCAGCUGCACCAACAACGGCACCUGUAACCCCAUCGAUGGUUCCUGUCAGUGUUACCCAGGAUGGAUCGGUAGUGACUGCUCCCAACCAUGUCCACCUGGUCAGUGGGGACCCAACUGCAUCCACACAUGUAAUUGUCACAAUGGAGCCUACUGCAGCGCGUAUGAUGGAGAAUGCAAGUGCACCCCAGGAUGGACCGGCCUCUACUGCACACAGCGCUGUCCUUUAGGUUUCUAUGGGAAGGAUUGUUCUCAGAUCUGCCAGUGCAAGAAUGGAGCUGACUGUGAUCACAUCUCUGGGCAGUGCACCUGUCGCACUGGCUUCAUGGGACGUCAUUGUGAACAAAAGUGUCCUGCUGGUUCGUACGGGUAUGGCUGCCGUCAGGUCUGUGACUGUCUAAAUAACUCCACCUGUGAUCACAUGACUGGUACAUGUUACUGCAGUCCAGGUUGGAAAGGACCUCGCUGUGACCAAGCGGGUGUGGUGGUGGUGGGCAGCCUCAACAGUUUGACCAGUGCAGCCAUGCAUGUGGACACCUACCAGAUCGGAGCCAUUGCAGGAAUCAUUUUCUUGGUUCUACUGGUCCUCUUCCUUCUACUCCUCUUCAUCAUCUACAGGAAGAAGCAGAAGGGAAAAGAGCCCACCAUGCCAGCUGUGACCUAUACUCCUGCUACUAGGGUAACUGCUGAUUACACCAUCACAGAUGCCCACCCACCAACAUGUGAGGGUCACCCCAGCAACUACUUCUCCAACCCAAGCUACCAUACUCUGACGCAGUGCAGCGGUCCAUCACAUGUUAACAAUGGUCCUUAUGGAAAGACCAAGAACAACCAGCUGUUUGUGAACCUGAAGAAUGUAGAUCAGCGAAAAGGGAAUCCUCUAACUGAUCACACUGGCACACUGCCCGCAGACUGGAAACAAGGGGAUUGUUUCAAUGAACUGGGAGCCUACGGAAUUGAUAGAAGAUACAUGGGCAAAUCAUUACGAGAUCUGGUGAAGGGCACACCCUAUCAUGCCAGUUCCUGUUCCCUAAACAGCUCUGAAAAUCCAUAUGCAACAAUAAAGGACCCUCCCCUACUUACAACCAGAAACACUGAGUGCGGCUAUGUGGAAAUGAAGUCACCAGCCAGACGGGAUUCACCAUACGCAGAGAUCAGCAACAGCAGCCCCAACAAUAACCGGAAUGUCUAUGAAGUUGAGCCAACUGUGAGCACCAUCCCACCCACUGGAGACGGCCGCACACGGUUUGGUCAGGAUCCAUACGAUCUGCCAAAAAACAGCCACAUCCUCUCUCACUACGACCUCCUGCCGGCCAGAGAGAGUCCGUCAUCCGAGGUCAAGGAGCUGGACAGUGAAUGAUGGCUUAGUGACUUUGCACAGAGUUCAGGUUCCACCUCCAGUCAACAGGUCCAGCACUGGAUGUUCCACAAACAGACACUUUAUACCCACAUCAUCAUUUUACUUGUUUCUAGCUGUUAUACUUUGACAUUCUCAAUGUCAUUAUGUGUCAUGUCUUCAAAGUGGGUAUAAAGUGUUGGAGGAACAGCUGCUGUAUUUUUACAACAAUAUUUAAACUGCAACAAAGUCUUCGUAGGUCAUUCCAUAAGUCUGGGAGGUAAGGUUUGAUUGAAGAAUGCUUUGAACAAAACAGUUUGGAUGAUGUUCUGUCAGACCUUUACCUUGCAGGUAAAGCCUGCAGACUCCUUCUGACUGCCAAUCAAAUCUUUCUCCAACAACCUUGUUGUUGCACGUCUCCUCAAUGCAACAAAUUGUACUAACGUUGAUUUAAAAAACACAUAUUCAGCUUGUGGCAAAGUAUUUGAGGUGUUGAUCUUGGUUGCACAAACAAAAAGUGGUCUUCCAUCCUCUCAUACCUCCAUAUACCUGGCUAAUUGCUGCCAAAACGAGGGUGUGGUUGUUGGAUUGUGUUAUUCCUAGGCAGGAAAUGCUGUCAAAUGUUCAGAGCACUUCAUUUCAAGAGAAUAUUCCUUUAUUAUGUUUGUGUAUAACAUUGAAUACCAAGAUCUCUAUUUUGCUUUCUAUCUAUAUAUUUUUUAGUUACCGUAUAAAAAAAUGGCUUAUGUGGUUGAAUAUUUGCACAUAGUAAUGACAUCAGUUGUUGUCAGUCAGUGUUGAAAUAGUAUUUAAGUUAACCAAAGUUGCAAAUGCCAUUUAAUGUUUUUAUAAGUGUAUUUCAAAGCUCUGCUAAUGUGCUUAAUCCAAGCGGUACUGAGCCCAUUUUUGUUUUUCGGUCAUUUCCACUAUUUUCCUGUUUAGUUUAUCAAAACAUCAUAUUGAAUAUGUAGAAGACAUUGUUCAAAUUAAAUUAAAAAAAACUAAAAUCAUAAUUCAUAAAUAUCAGUCAUACAGCUCAGUGGUCAUGAUCACCAUUCUGUGAUCUCUGUUGCCAUUAACAGUUAAUCCUCUGACCAUCAUGUUCUUCUAUAAAGUAGUACUUUGCAUCAGCAACUUCCUGCCAUCUCCAUCUGCCAGUCAACAAGCUACAGCUAAACCCUGCCUCUGUAAUAAGAAGAGCCCAUACAGCCACAUUGGUUGAAGAGACUCUUGCACUACAACAAGCAAGGUGAGGUACAUGUGACAGUAACUGAUCUUCCUUCCUAUGGCGCCUAGACUGUGAGAUAUCAGCAAUCGAAGAAGUGUAUUGUAAUCCAAACUACCAAUAUUUGUAAACUCAGAGGUUACAACACAAUAUACCAAAAUAAUGAUUGUGUGUGACCAUCAGCAUGUCCACAGUGGUGAACUAUAAGCAAGAACAAAGCCUUUGGAAUAUUGAUAUUUAUAUGUAAGGAAACCUAAGUUGAAGUAGCAGUUACAUGAUUUUGGAGCCAGAGCCAAAGAUAGCGCCACGUUUCCUUCACGUCAGAACAAGGAUUUAAAACUACCCUUUACACAAGUGUUACCUUGAGUAUAAGAGCGUUAGGUUUGUGCCACAUAAGUGAGCACGCAGUGAGACUUUUCUGAGAUCCCACUGGGACUCUCGCAAGCACAUGCUUUAUAUUUUGAACAGAAAAUGUUAAUCUGAGCUAACACUUUUGUCCCGUCCAUACCGUAGUAUAAGCCUGAUAUAAUGAGAGUCACAAGACAAAAAUCCCUUUUUCUAAGUUUCCUCACUUUGUCUUUUUUUUCUUGUUUAUUGACAGACGAUUUUUGGGGAAAAAUACUUCAAAUUUGAAUUUGUAUAAAGUUGUCCUGGCAGAAUUUAAGCUACAGGUUGUGACACUAAAAUUAUGUGUCUCUGUGUUUCUCUUAGAAAAUGCUUAACGCUAAGCUCAAUUUCCCUACACAUUAUUAUUUUUUCUGAUUACAACAUAAUGUCAAUAAGAUGUUUGUUAAUUGUGUUGAUAUAGUGAAUAACUUUGUUUUGUUGGCGAAUGGAGUGUUAUCUGAUCCAUUAUUUUAACUGUGUAAAAGCAUACAGAACAUGUAGCAUGGUGAAAAUUACCAAUUAUAGAAAUUCCACCAGAGCGUAGGUCAGCCAAUGUUGUUCAGAAGGAGCCAGAAUCUGGGGCCUGACUAAACAAAACAACCUUACAAUACCUUUUACAAACCAGCGAGUUUCAGAUAGAGCCAUCAAGUAGGUCAGAGUAAGACAAGCACCAUAGUUUUUGUAAGGAACAUAGAAACCCUCUUCCUUAUACUGUAAAUGCACCAUAAUUAACAAACUAGGACAUUUUAGAUAUGGCAAAAACUAAAUAAUUAAGCAUUUGUGGAUCAGACAACAAUGAAAGUGGACUUAUUUCGAAUGACUUCCUUUGGUUUGUGUUAUACACUGUUCUUCUGUUUGGUUGUUCAGCUCCACACAAUUGUAAAAAUUAUGGUAAAGACACAUGUGCUUUACCAUUCACUGACAGCACUGCUAUAAUUCAUUGAAGUGCCUGUACCUUGCAUAUAGUUUCUGAGCAGUGCCUAUAAAUAGAUCUGCAAAAUGUGGCAACAAAAGCACAGAUUUUACUAUGUUACAUGUUAUACCAUAUCACAUUAUAUAGUUUCAACAGUGUUACUUUGUCCAGUGUACAUUCUGCACUGGUUUGUCUCUUUUUUUGUAUUGGUUGUCCUGCUGAAUGCAGAGGUAACAUUGUGGUUAUUGUGUUGGUUGCUUGAACAAUGACGAUUGACAAACUUGACAAACCCUAAUUAGUAUCAGGAGCAUGUAGUAGUUUAACCAAAUUUACUGGGAGCUGGCACUCUAAACAGGCACCCAGUCCACCACCAGGAUUCAUGACCUCCUGCGUUGAGCAUUUCCACCACUCAAUAUAUUUAGAGUCCAACACAAGAUACAUGCUGGGUCAUCACAUUAAUUCCACCUCAGUUAAAAUACUUAAAUCACCAGUUUAACUCAGUCAUCUGCACUUUAACAUCUAGUCAAUGACACAGUUGGUAAGCUGAUCUUAAGUUUAUCAGUUUAAAGGGCUCAGCAUGUGAAUUGCAAGCUUAAGCUGGACUUUUGCUUUUUGGAAGGAUAAUUAUAACCAUUUACAUUAUUGUAUUGUACUGUAAUAAACAUUGUCAUAUUUCACCUACAAUUGUUCAGUUAAAUGUCACAUCUCAAUUUUAGUUUGAUAGUUUGUCUUUUUAUCUUUCUUGUAUUCUGAAUGGCUUAAAAUAGCAGUCCAAAGCUAUUCUGAGUCUAUUCUGAGUCUAUUCUAAAGGCUUGUAAAAUAAUGUACAUAAUUUGAUAUGUUCUGAUGUAAAAAUGUUGAUAACACCCAGUGUCUUAAGUCUGAAAAAUUGAAAACAUGAACAAAUGUGGCAUUUGGUUUAUGUGUUUAUGUAAAGAAUAUGUGUACUUGGAAAAUCUAUAAAUUCUGGAUUUCUUUUGUAUUCUCUUCCCUUUCACUUCUGCCAGAAUACUGUGGAUUGAAAAACCACUUAAGAUGUUUGCUCUGAAAGGAAUGUUUGAGUUUUUCUCAAGCAUCAUCUGUCUCUUGGAUCUUUGAACCUUUAUUCCUCGAUUUGAAACACGCAAGCUUCCAGUGCACAUUUCCACAUAGGGUUACGAUGAUUUGACCACUAUCAUGAGAUUCUAUCUAUUAUGCUUUUGUUUUAUUUUAUUUUAUUCAUUAUAGAGCUGUUUGUGCGAAUGC